AGUCUUCAGCAGUCUUCACGCUGAACAGACCAGUGGACGCAUGCAGAACCUUGCUCUCAUCGCGACAGGAGCCACCGUGUUGGCGUCCAUGCCAGCCGUGCGGGGACACGGCUUUAUCGUAGAACCCGCCGCGCAGUGGUUUAAAGGCUACCCGGACAACGGCUGGGGCAGUACCGUCGACAACGAAAUCUGGGGCACGUAUGACUUCACAAAGUAUGGCUACGGUCCGAACGGUACGUUGGGCUUCUUCAAGGACACGUUCCCCACCAAGGGCUACGACUCUCUCGGCCAAUUUAUCGCCAAAAACCAAGAGCUUUACAGCAGCGAUAUUGAUCCCGAUUGCGGUUGGACAAUCUACAAAGAUUCAGCUCGCUCGGAACUGCCGGAGGCUCAGCUCGAGUACACGGGCUUCACGCAUCCUGGACCGUGCGAGAUCUGGUGCGACGACACCAAGCUGCUGUUCGACUACGACUGCUGGACGAAAUAUCCUGCCAUUCCGGCCAAGAUUCCGUACGACAAAUCCAAGUGCGCUGAUGCCAACCGCCUCACGAUCUAUUGGAUUGGAAUCCACGGUGUGCCAUGGCAGAUCUACACGGACUGUGUGUGGCUAAAGGGCGGCUCUGGAAGAGGAGAGCCUCCUUCUGCUGUUGGUCCCGGUGCAUCGACAGUCGCCGCCGGUUCCGGCUCGAGUUCAACUCCGACACCGACCAGCACCAGCCCCGCGACGACAGCGCCAAGCACUGCUACGAAGGACAAACCAGCAUCAAAAGAGACUGCCAGUGAGGCGUCUACGGCUGUCGAUGAUGCCCCCGCAGCAACUACCGCCCCGGCAAAGUCUACGACGGAGGAGACAACCCCAGUCACUACAGCGCCUAGCACACCGGCAACCAAUGCGAAAUGCUCUCGCCGUGGAUAG